AUGACCUUUCUCGAUAGCGCUGGCGCCGACGCCUCUACCACCCCCUCCCCUCCUGUUUGCACCUCCUACAUGACGGGUGGGAACGUGUUGGCGUAUAAUCCACCUCGUAAACACACCAUCGAGGGUGGACGAUCAUGGUGGGAAUUUUGCGGUGGUCGUUUACGUGGUGGUUCUGACUUGUGCAGAGAUGAUGAAGAUGCUUUGAUCGAUUUAUCUGUGACAACGAGUCAAUGCGCGAUGGCCAACGAAUGA